AUGAAAGAAACGGGGCUGAUCCCAAAUGCAGUAGCGAUGCUCCAUGGUUUGUGUAGCGAUGGAUUGGUUCAAGAAGCAAUGAAGCUGUUUGGUGUAAUGCGUGAAAGAGGAUCCAUCCCUGAGGUGGUGAUAUACACAGCAGUAGUUGAAGGGUUUUGCAAAUCUCAGAAGCCAGAUGAAGCUAUCAGGAUCUUCAGGAAAAUGCAGAACAAUGGUAUUGUACCCAAUGCAUUUAGUUAUGGUGUUCUUGUUCAGGGUUUGGUUAAAGGGAAUAGGUUAGAUGAAGCUCUUGAAUAUUGUUUGGAGAUGGUGGAAGCUGAUCAUUCACCAAAUCUGGCUACUUUCACAGGUUUGGUGAAUGGGUUUUGUAGGGAAAGAGGUUUGGAAGCUGCUGAAAUGAUGAUCAAGAGUUUGAAAGAGAAAGGAUUUGGAUUUGAUGAGAAAGGUGUUACAGAUUUCAUGGAGAAAAAAGGUCCAUUUUCGCCUUUGGUUUGGGAGGCAAUCUUUGGGAAGAAACGUUCACAAAUGUUUUGA